AUGGCUACCUCAUGGACACCUCGCUCUGAGGGACUUCAGCAAUUGAUGCAAAUAUUGCAAGGAUGUCAGGCACCAGACGCCAACACUAGGAAACAGAGCACUGAAGCACUAACUUCAUUCGAACGAGUACCUGACUUCAACAAUUAUCUGGCUUACAUCCUAACUCACGUCACAACUCCAGAUAUGAACACUACAAACAUACGAGCUACUGCUGGACUGGCCCUCAAAAACAAUAUUAGGAUGAACUAUGAAGCCAUACCAGCUGCCACUCUCGAAUAUGUCAAAUUCUGUGUCCUGAAUGCCAUAGCUGAUGGAAUUCCAGCAAUCAGAUCAACUGCAGGUACCAUCAUCACUACUCUCGUCGCCAGAGGCGGUAUACAGGCAUGGCCAGAAGUCCUACCCAAACUGAUGGAAUGUCUCAAUCACCCAGUCGAAACAAUCGUCGAAGGUGCUUUCGGAGCCUUGCAAAAGAUUUGUGAGGACUCAGCACGCAUCUUGAGCUCGGAUCCAUCUCGACCACUCGACUUUAUGAUUCCUAAAUUCAUAUCGUAUAUUGAUCACGCCAGUAUCAAAGUCCGUGUAUUCGCAAUCACUUGUAUCAACCAAUUCAUCCUACUCAGAUCCAACGCGCUGAUGAUUAAUAUGGAUGCCUUCAUCCAGAAACUAUAUAGCCAAGUAAACACAAACGAUCCCGAUAUUCGAAAGAGUAUAUGUCAAGCAAUCACAUACAUAUUAGAAGUCAAACCCGAAGGACUGAUGCCUGAACUGGACAAUGUAGUCCAAUUUAUGCUGUAUUGUACACAGUCUGAAGACGAAUCAGUAGCAUUAGAAGCUUGUGAAUUCUGGUUGGCAUUUGCUGAACAAGACGGCCUUGUAGAUUUCCUGGAACCACUACUACCACGUAUAGUCCCUGUAUUAUUAAAAGGAAUGGUAUAUAGUGAAGAAGACAUCAUCACAUUGGGAGGUGCUACUGAUGAUGACGCUGCAGUCCCAGAUGCUGAUCACGAAAUCAGGCCACGACAUCACCGAGCAAAAACUCGUGCCGCUGAAGGUACUGCUGGAUCUGGAGCCGCCGUCCCAUCUCAACCAAAGGCAGCUAAUGGUGCCAAUGGCGAAGAAGACGAUGAUGAAGAUGACGAGGACGACGACGACGAAGAUGAUGACGAGGCGUAUGGUGAAUGGAAUUUACGUAAAUGUUCCGCUGCUGCUUUGGAUGUUUUGGCUACUGUUUUUGCAGACAAGUUGUUGAUUACUCUGCUGCCUCUCUUGAAAGGAGAGUUGUUUAGUGAUCAAUGGCAACAUCGAGAAUGUGGGAUCCUGGCUUUGGGCGCUGUUGCUGAAGGAUGUCUGAAUGAAAUGGAACGACAUUUACCGACCUUGGUGCCGUAUCUCAUCUCUUUGCUGAAUGAUCCCAAACCGCUGGUGAGAGCCAUUACUUGCUGGACGCUUGGAAGGUAUUCAAGGUGGACGGUCCAUCCACCACCAGAUAUCAAUCAAGCAGAUCAUCAAAGAGUCUAUUUGCAUCCACUCGUUGAAGGGCUCUUGGCAAAAGUCUUGGACAAGAACAAAAGAGUGCAAGAAGCUGGAUGCUCUGCUUUUGCUACAUUAGAAGAAGAAGCAACCUACGAACUAGUCCCCUUCCUCGACACCAUUUUACGAACUCUAGCAUACGCCUUCCAAACAUAUCAACACAAGAAUCUAUUAAUAUUAUAUGACGCUGUGGGUACUUUGGCUGACUCCGUUGGUCAUCAUCUCAAUCAACCUGCUUUUAUCGAAAUACUGAUGCCACCUCUGAUCGCAUUUUGGCAACGGCUUGGUGAUGAUGAUCGGGAUCUCUUCCCGUUAUUGGAAUGCUUGUCUUCUGUUGCUACUGCUCUAGGACCUGGAUUCGCACCGUUUACUGGACCAGUCUUUCAGAGAUGUUUGACUUUAAUUGAAGGGACACUGCGACAGGAUGCUCUGUAUCGAGCGAACCCAGCAUCCAUUGAAGCACCCGACAAAGACUUUAUGAUAGUCGCCUUGGAUUUGUUGUCUGGGAUGACUCAAGGUCUUGGUGCUGCUAUCGAACCUUUUGUAGCAAAUAGCUCUCCGUCGUUGGUCCAAUUACUCGCACAUUGCAUGAAUGAUCCUGCUUCUGAAGUGAAACAAUCGGCAUUCGCUCUAUUAGGAGAUCUAUCCAUAUCGGCCUUUUCACAUAUUAGACCACACCUCAACCAAUUCCUGCCCAUGGUCAUAAAUCACAUAGAUCCCAACGCCGACCCAUCUUGGAUAUCAGUAUGUAAUAAUGCGACUUGGGCAACUGGUGAAAUCUCGCUACAAUAUGGAGACCAAAUGCAACAAUGGAUUCAACCACUACUCGACCGUCUCAUCCCCAUCUUAUUGAAUGAUCAUACUAGCCGAACAUUGUUAGAAAACGCAGCAAUCACAAUAGGAAGACUUGGGUUUGUAGCACCUGCUCAAGUAGCGCCCUUCUUGCCUCAAUUCUUACCGACAUGGUGUACAGUAUCACGUAGUAUAAAGGACAAUCAGGAAAAGGAAUCAGCAUUCAGAGGAUUGUGUCGUAUGGCCGAAGCCAAUCCACAAGGCGUAUCACAGCACUUUGUAUACUUUUGUGAUGCCUUGUGUUUGUGGGAAAGGUUGCCACCAGAUUUGAAUGAGGUAUUUAGAAACAUAUUAACCAUGUUCAAAAAUAUGGCUGGUAAUGAACAAUGGGCUGCAUUGUCGGGUAAUUUCCCAAUGCAUGUGAGGAAGAGGCUUACAGAUAGGUAUGGCCUAUAG